UUCCAAAGUCUCGUUGCCGCCUGAUUUCGUUGUGUCGGCACCGAGCGCAACCGCUCAGUAGCCGAAAGAACGCGACGCUGUGCGGCAGGAAGUUGCGUACACGCCGCAUUGUCAUCGCAACAUACCAACCGGAACGAGCACUCGGAGCAGUCCAGUAACCGUCCCAUUACCGUUUUGGGCGCGCGUUCGCGUCCUGUUUGAAAGCCAGCCAAGGUGCUAAGUGCGCGUAAUUAGUUGAAAUGCAAUUAAUUGAAAAGAAAUUAUAAUUGAAUAACGUUGAGGCGAUGGCUAUAGCGAUGGAGAUGCCGAAGCCCAUCCCUAAAAGUGUUUCCCGGCGGGAAAUUGUGCGACAAAUGCCAAGCAAAGUUUACAUAAAUCCGAUUAAUUUCUAAUUAAAAUCAAGGUUACACUGCAUAUCGACGAAAAACCUAGGAAAAACACAGGAAAAUAUUGAAACUUGGCUAAAUAUUUGCAUACUUUAAAGUGAUUUUAAAGUAAAAGUGAAAAAGUUGCAUUGGUUUACGGAUCAACAGACACUAAACCGCUUGAAAUUGAUAACAAAUUAAUGAAAUUAUUCACUCGAACGCCCGAGUCCUGUAAAUUGCAAAUAAAAACAUCAAAACUUUUUGCUGUAAAAACAACUUUGAGCAGCGCAAAAGUGAAGAUUCCCGGACUGGCACUGGCUUCUGCACAUUUGUCGCCAAUGGAGAGGCGAACCUGGGGCCGCCUGCCCCACACUUUGUGGCAGCAUUAGGCAAAUUGACAACAGCUUAAAACGCUUUGGGGCGACGGCGGCUUAAAGCACGGCCAGCAGCAGGAGGUUGGUCGGGAAAAACCUCCUGUCAAGCUCAAGGAUUCUCUCUCGCUGUCGCUGGCAGCUAAAACUCCCACUUGACGAGCAGCGGGCGCCGGAGGUGGAGAGCUGAAGCAUCCGAAUAGACGCACAAUGAGUGUCGAACUGGAGGAGGAGGAGGAGCGCAUUUGCCUCAGAAGCGCGGAGGAGGACCAACAGCAGCAGCAGCUCAACAUGGAUGACGACAAGCUGGUGUCGGAUGAAGUGCAUCUGCGACAACUGAGCGCCACACCUUUGUGCGCGCUGCAACAGCGCAGACAGAGCAACACGCUGGCACAUUCCGCACCGCCAGAGCUCCAGCAACGCGCCGCCGAUGGGGACAAGCAAGAGGCGGACAAGAUGGAGAUGGAGAAGAAGGAGGAGCAGGAGGACAGAGUGGUGCUGCGACGCGCCGCCAACAAGGGCGCCAUUGCCUUGGCACAAAUUGACGACCUAAAACUGGAGGGCGAUGACGACGACGACGCUGGCUCGGGUCUAAGUAAUCCCGCAGCGCAAACCACAGAUGAUGAGCAGAUUACGGCCACAGACACAGCAGCAAGUCCAGCUCCAGCAGCAGCAGCAGCAGCAGCCUCCUCCGCCUCCGCCUCCGCCUCGGAGGUAACGGCGGCGGCGGCACCGCCGGACAUGUCCAAAAUCCCACGUCUGCCCGGCGACGGUGCCCAGACAAUGGACGACAAUGGCGACCUGCCACCCUCGCUGCGUGCCUCGACCACAUCCAUUUUGUCCAAUUUGCGCAAGAAGCAGCAGCAGGCCAUGUUAGCCGGGGGCGGUGGCGGUGGCGGUGGCGGCCUCAAGGGGGGCAUGGUCAAGCAGACGCCCCUGCGAGUGCAAUCGGUGAGAAUUGUGGAGGCGAAGCGUGCCUAUGGCCCCAAGCGACGCACCGAAAGUUGCAGCAUCUUCGGCAACAGCAAUUUUGAUCACGAACUGGAAUCGGGCGCCUCCAUCUCGAGCAUCGCUGUUGGUGGCCCGCAGCGACCGCUGAACAACGAGACUUACUCGGCCUUCAAAAGCGGCAACGUGGUCAAGGGCAUACUCUGUCCCUCGCUGACGAACUCCUUCAAGCAGAGCUCGCUGGAGCGCAGCUAUCUGACGUACACCCACCGCCAGCGGCAAAAGUCGCUGAUCAUCGUCAAUGUGGUGGACUUUGUGCUGAAGAUUGUGCUGGCCCUCGUCUGGAUGCUGCGCCGCCGGCAGCAGGGACAGGGACCGCUAGAAACCGAUGAUGCCACGAUGUACGAAUCAAUGGCCACGGCCAUUACUUGGUCCAUCUGCUGUGGCAUUGCCAAUAUGGCCAUCUGCUUCCUGGGCUACUGGCGCUGCUUUGCCAACAAUUAUUUGCACUGGGCCGCGGUCUGUACGUGGGUGCUCUUCAAUAUCCAGGGAUUUGUUGGCCAGGGCGUGGGCUUUGCCGAUCGCGAGUACCUGGUCUGGUACAUUCUGUUCGUCAUCUUUGUGCCGUAUGCCAUGCUGCCGCUGCCACUGAAGUGGUGCGUUGUGGGCGGCACCAUCACCGCCAGCUGCCACCUGGCCGUAAUUACCAUCAUCAAGCUGCAGCAUGGCGAGGCCAGCAUCAAUGCGGACUGCGUUCUGUUUCAGAUCUUUGCCAACUUCAUUCUGUACACGGCCAUCAAUGUGGCUGGCAUGUACACCAAAUAUUUGACAGAUCGCGGACAGCGUUUGGCCUUCAUCGAGACCCACAAGGCAAUGGAGCACAAGAAGGAGUCGGAGAAGGAGUUGCAGCGCACCCAAAAGCUGCUGGAUUCAAUCCUUCCCAACAUCGUGAACAACCAAAUACGCAGCGAAAUGUACAAGGGCACAGAUCCCACAGUGGAGACGCAGUUCAACAAAUUGUACGUCUAUCCCAUGGAUAAUGUGAGCAUACUCUUUGCCGACAUUAAGGGCUUCACCGAGCUGGCCAGCAAGACUUCGGCCCAGCAGUUGGUCAAAAUAUUAAACGACCUUUUUGCCCGUUUCGAUCGCAUUGCAGAGGACAAUCACUGCCUGCGUGUGAAGCUGCUGGGCGACUGUUACUACUGUGUGUCGCAGUUCGAGAGCGACAACUGGAAGACGCGACCGGAUCAUGCUGUGUGCAGCGUGGAAACUGGCCUGCACAUGAUAAAGGCCAUUAAGGAUGUGCGCAUACACACACACGUGGACCUAAACAUGCGCAUCGGCAUCCACAGUGGCUCGGUGAUGUGCGGCGUGCUGGGUAACAAGAAAUGGCAUUUUGACGUCUGGUCUAAUGAUGUUAUCAUUGCAAAUCACAUGGAAUCCGGCGGCAUACCCGGGCGCGUUCACAUCUCGGAGGCCACGCUCAAGUGCCUCAAUGACUCCUACGAGGUGGAGCCGGGCAACGGCGGCAGUCGGGACAAUCAUCUGAAAAUGCUGAACGUCAAGACCUUCCUCAUCAAGCGCACAGAGCCGCUGAGACCCAAGCGACGCUUUGGCACGCGGAGCAGCGCCCACCUGGCUGGCAGUGUGGCUGCUGCCUCCACCUCGGGCACGUGUGCCGGCUCGCCCACUCCCACGCCCACGGCGGUGCCCACGCCCGCGCUGCCCAAGUCCAUUUCGGCGAGCGGCAGCGGCAGCAUUGGCGGUGGCACGGCCGCGAUGGGCGGCGAUGGCGCGAGCAUCGAUGGACGCAGUCUGGAGUAUGCUGCCAGCAUUGCGGUGCCCGCACAGCAGCCCGCGCUGCUGCUGCAGCAACAGCAGAAGAAGAACAUAUCCCUGAACUCGCUGCCCAAUGUGGUCGAGGGCGUGGCCAUGGACAGUCGGCGGUUGAGGAAUGGCGGCGCUGGCGCUGGCGCCAACGCGGGUGCCAACAGUGUGGCUGGCGCACCCGCUGGAAUGUCCACGGUGUCCUCACCCACGGCCAUGAUGUCCGCACCGCUGGAGCAGCAGCUGCGGCCGCGGAAUGGCGCGAGCAUCCAGAAUCUAGCGGAGGCAAUCGAGGGCAAGGGUUUGAUUAUCGAGGAUGAGUCCACCACCGAUUGGAUACCCGAGAUUCCCUUUAAGAAUUUGAACAGCCCCGAAGAGGGUCUCAAUCGUGCCGAUUCCAUACUCGUGGAUGCCAAGCAGGAGCAUCGUGUUUCAGUCACAGUUCUCGAUGAGGAGAUCGAUGAAUUCAUAGAGCAAAACAUUCAAAUCAAUUCGAACAAGGAAAUCCGUCGCGAGUAUUUGAAUCCCUGGACCCUGAAGUUCAAAGACAAGUGCCAGGAGCAGAAGUUCUGUCAGCUGCGCGAGGAUAUGUUUCGCUCCAACAUGCUCUGUGUGUUUGUCAUUUGGAUAUUUAUGGUGCUGUGCCAGGUCAUCAUUAUUCCGAGAUGUACGCGUCUCAUUAUAUGCCUAUCGGUGGGCACAGUUGUCCUCACCUUUUGCUGUGUGCUGGUGAUGGCCGAAGAGUUUCCAGGCCUGCCACGCUGCCUGAAGGUAAACUCUGCCAAAUUGGUGCAUCAGCGGCAGCGGCGCACGCUGUUCAUUUGCGGCGUAAUCAUCUCCAUGUGCAUGCUCAGUGCCAUUGGCCUGGUGCUGUGUCCCUCCUCCACGUACAUUGGCACCGCGGACGAGCACUCGCGGCUGCUGCGACGGGCGCUGUACUCCUCGAACGCCUCCGUGGCGGAGAAGGAGUACAAGCUGAAUGUCUAUCUGUCGGCCACCAUUCAUCACAACAUCACCAUCAGCACGCCCAGCAGCAGCGCGGGAGCGGCAACCGCCUCCCUGGUGGAUGCUCUCAUGAACGAGAACAUCACGAAUGCACCCACCGAAGAGCUGAUGCGGAGCACCCUGGCGAAUGCCCUGAACCUCACACAGCCACUGGAAUCCUUCGAGCAGUCGCAUCGUCCCUACACGCUGACCAACAACGGGCACAGCGUUUCGCUGAACAACUUCAGCUACGUGGAUCUCUAUGGCUUGCCCCGAGCCACGGACAUCGAGGGGGAGUGCGCACAUCCCGAGUAUCUGGUCUUCACCUGGGUGCUCUGCCUCGUCUCGCUGGCCACAGCGCUGAAGCUCUACUACCUGGUCAAGGCGCUGAUGGCACUGGGCAUGGUGGCCUUCUACACCACGCUGAUUGUGCUCAAGUUCAGCACGGGGGAUGUCUUCAAUCUGGGGGAUCUGUCCCGGCUGGGCAUGCCGCUGGGCGUGCAAAUGCUGAUACUGCUCAUCUCAUUCCUCAUAAUGGUCUGCUAUCAUGCCCGAUUGGUGGAGGUCACCUCACGUCUGGACUUCAUAUGGAAGGAACAAGCGGAGCGUGAACUGACCAACAUGAAAUCUAAUCGUGCGCUUAAUGACACAUUAAUUAAGAACAUUCUGCCGGACCACGUGGCCGCCUACUACCUCUCCGACGAGCACACGGACGAGCUCUAUUCGAAGAUGCACAACCUGUGCGGCGUUAUGUUCGCCUCCAUACCGAACUUCCAGGACUUUUACUCCGAGGACAUUGACAACGGCAAGGCCUGCAUACGCAUCCUGAACGAGAUUAUCUGCGACUUUGAUGAAUUGCUGGAGGAGCCACGCUUCGCUUCGGUGGAGAAAAUCAAGACUGUGGGCGCCACAUACAUGGCUGCCGCUGGUCUCAAUCACGAGAGUCUGCGUGCACGCGGCGAGACCUCCGAGGACAGCGUGUGCGACCUCGUGGAGUUUGCCUUUGCCAUGAAGCAGAAGCUGGAGGAGAUCAACGGCGACGCCUUCAACAACUUCCAGCUGCGCGUCGGCAUCUGCAGUGGUCCGCUGGUCAGCGGUGUCAUUGGUGCCCGGAAGCCCGUCUACGACAUCUGGGGCAACACCGUGAAUGUGGCCUCUCGCAUGGACUCCACGGGCGAGAAUUGGCGUGUCCAGGUGUCGGCCAACACAGCGGAGCUGCUCUGCUCCAGGGGUUACACUUGUGUGAAACGCGGUGAAAUCAAUGUCAAGGGCAAGGGCAUGAUGACCACCUUCUAUGUGCAUCCCAAGGGCAUUACGGAGAGCCAACUGAUUUCACCUGUGCGCCUGCCAGCGGGCAUACCACAAGCUCAGACCCCAAAUCUUCAGCGUCAGACCUCGCAUCAUGGCUCCUUCAGCGCCGUGGUCUUUGGCAUGCUGCAGGCCAGCAAGCGGAGCACAGCCAUCGCCGGAACACCUACUGGCACACCUUCGCCGCAGAUUCGUCGCGGACAUCGUGGCAGCACUUUCAGCUCGGUUCGACUGUCCCAAAAGUCCGCGCAUGUCAAUCCCGUGCGACGUAAUACGACACGCGUACGAGGACGUUCCUAUCGCCAGAAGAAGAGUUCCUCAAACAAUUCGAUUGUGACCCAGGCGAGUUCCAGCUACAUGCCAUCAUUUCGACGAAUCGAUCAGAUUGAAACGACCAUAUCGAAGAGUCACAACGAUGCGUUAUAGCCAACGACGCGCACUAAUUGGGUCUAAGUCGAUCUCAACCACAACCAAACACACGAAGCAGCAACUGUCUGACGAAUUUAUUUUUGGAACGAUUUUUAACGCUUGAGCGCAGAUUUCUGCAUCGGUCGGCACCACAAGCUACUUAGUAGAGUUUUUAAACAAAUCGUAGUUCAGUUUGAUUGCAAUCUUCUUGCAUUAUAUCUCAGCACAGUUCUAGUCGUUAAACACAAGUUGGUGUCUCUUUUCUCUGUGUGUGUUUCAAAGUUUUAGAGUCUAAGAAUCUAAGAUCCCCCCCAACCAAAUGAUGCCAAUGAUGGACCUACAGCCCUGUUCAAUUCUAUCAAAAUAUACAAACAUAAUACCCAUUUUAGGCUAAUUUUGUGUAGCAUUAGUGAACCCAUUUAAAAUCACAUAAAUUCCAUAGAAAAUCUAAUAUUCAAAUUGUUGUACAAAUCUCUUCACAGUUUUUUGAGCCAAGAAAUUUAAAUGUAAAUAGAUUAAGGGGCAAACCCACGUGUACGAUAAUGUUUUAUGUGUAUUUAUGUGUAAACUUCCCAUUAAAAAGUCGUAGCUUUGUAAGUGACACCCAAACAUAUAAAAUUGUAGAGUUAUGAUGAUCAACGUCAGCCCACGAUGGUACGAAAAGAAAAUUUAUGCACCCAAUAUUGUAAUUAAAUA